CCUUUACUUCAUAAUUUUUCAUGUGUUAAAAAUAAAAAAAAAACUAGUCAAGUUGGAUGUUGAUCUAAAUCUAGAUCCCAGUGCUUAUUAAUCAUUAGACUAGAUGUAGAUCUAGAUCUAGAUUCAAUUAAAUGGGUUAAGAAAGUGCCGUUAUAUUUUUUUAUAAUUACUAGACGUCGAGAUCGAGGUAUUGUGAUUUAUAAUUUAAUCCGUGGUGACGUUGUGGUUAUUAUCUUUGUUUAUAAAUGGCGGACAGCGUAAAAAUAGUUGACAAGCAAUAUUUGAAGCGUAAUAAUCCACAAUCGGGUCAUAUACAUAAAGGUCAUGCUAUUGUUGCAGCCAAUGCUUCAAUACCUACAAAAUUUCAGACAAUAAUUACAGAAAAUAGUGACAAGACUGGGUUUUUAUCAAAAGCAAAACGUUUUAAAGGUGAUACUUUCAUGACAGAAACACCAGCACCGAGCUCCUAUGGAGACAUUAGCAAAACAGAUUCUUUCAGUCCAUCUUUUUCAAAAAAAGGAACAGGUACAUUUGCCUCAAAGUCUAAAAGACAGUUUCAGUUCAUGUCAACAUGUGGACCUGGUCCAGGAGUAUACUCUCCACCCAGUAUGCUAAGCAGCAGAAAAGAUUUUAACAAGUGUUUGGUUGAGAGAUUAUUCCAGCUCCCCAUCGCUCAGAUUGUCGAGAAAACCAAUGGUGUCCCAGCUCCAAACACUUAUGAGGUCCUCAAAUAUAAAACUGGUAAAGCCAAUAAUGUGUCGGCCAAUGCAGCUUUUAAAUCAAAGUCAAAGAGAGAACUUAUGGAAUUAUCAGAACAAAUGAGAAACCCAGCCCCAGGUCAGUACAAUGUCAAUGACCAGCCACUUCACAAUAGUGUCAAAGUUCCUUUCUCAAGUUUUAAAUCGAAAUCCAAGCGGCAACUUUUAGAAACACCAGAUGAUAUUCCUGGUCCUGGUACAUACAAUCCAAAUGGAGAUGUGGAGCAACCACAGAAACUUAUUUUUCCACGCAAACACUAUUUGUGUAUAUCUGCACCAGCCAUGCCCCUUCCUGCAACUCCCCCCUCCCCUGGACCAGGUGCUUAUGAAACCAAAUACUUUACAGACACACCCAAGCAUUACAUGUCCAGUUCUGCCUUUGUGUCCACGACGGGACGCUGGUCAGGCAACAGCCGUAAUGCAGAGUUUCCAGGUCCUUCUCACUAUCGUCCAAUCCAUGUUGGAAAACAGUCCUUCAUAUUUAACUCAUCGAGACGAUGGAUUUAACAGUCUCGUUAGCGAGUUAAAGCAAGAUGGAAAAAUGAUGAUGACACUAAUAUAAAGUGUCUCUCGUACAACCGACAGGAAGUCAUUGCAUAUGUCUGUAUGUCCAAAGCAUGGCUUGGCGCUGUACAAAAUUUGUGAUAUGUAUUAUAAGUUUUCUGUAAAGUAUUUUUUCACAAUGUUCAACCUAUUCCUGAGUUGACUUUUUGGCUUUGUCCAAUCAAUGAUAGUGAUGUGACAGUAACUAUUUGGAUACAAAGUCAUUGAUUAGUUAUCAUCAGAAUGGAAGAAAAGUCUUUAAGUUUAUUUGCUUGCUUAUCAAACAAAUCACAUUAGCCAAAAGUUUGUGAGGAGGUGGUAUGUUUGUAAAAAGUAACUUAUAGCACAAAACAAUUUCAGAAUUUGUUUAAUUUACCAGAAAAACUGUGUAUGCUUGAGACUGAUAUAAACCUGGGCAGGAAACGUUUCUGUAAUACAUCUAAUUUACUUUGUUACUUCCUAAUACUUUUAUUGUAAAAAAAAAUAUUUUGUUCUUUUCUCUAAAAUGAAUAUUUAAAAAUUUUUUUUUUUGUAUAAAUGUAAGUUUUUGAAUUAGUGUUUGCACACAGCAGUGAUACCCAAGGGGUCAGGGUAGCUGAGUGGUAAAGCACUUGGCUUCUUAACAGAGAGAGCUCAGGUUCAAAUCUCUGUGAAGAUUGCAAUUUUGAAUUUCAUGAUUUUUAGACACAACAAUUGUCACCUCACCAUGUCUACUCAACUUUAAUGGGUACCUGACACUAGUUAGGAAAGUAAAGAUGGUUCGUCAUUGUGCUUGCCACAUGAGACCCUUGUUAACUGUUGGCAACAGAAACAGAAGACACAAGAUCUGAAAGGGGAUACUUUAUUAUUUUUUUUAAAGAGAUACCCAACCCUAUGUGGUACACACAGUGCAACAAUUAUUUGUCAACUCAGCCUAUGUCUUUGUUUCCAACACUGUUAAUGGUUAGAAAUGAUUUGCUUACAUAAAGUCUAGCCUUCAAAUAAAAUAUUGUGCUAUUCUGCACAUCCCCUCACAAUUUAGGCCAGUGGUUCUUAACCUUUUAUGCUCGGCGACCCCUUUUUACAAUCCAACACACACACAAUGCAAUAGAAGAAUAGACAACAAUCCAUAUUUUCAAUGGUCUUAGGCGACCCCUGGCUAAUCGUCAAUCGACCCCUAAGGGGGUUGCGACCCACAGGUUGAGAACCCCCCCCUCGUACUUUACAGUCAUAUGAAACAUUGAAACAAGCAAAUAAACACAAAACACCAAUCAGUAACAACUUUGUUUUAUUACAUUGAAAAUUUGUUUUUUAAAUUUGUUUAUAAGGUAACCUCCUCAUCUAGCUGAACAGCACACAAGAGUGAUUGACUUUGUGGUCUAGGGAGAUAUUGCUAACAAUAACAAGUUUCCUCUUAACAAAAUAAUUAAAAACACACACAAUUCAUAAUAACAAACAAAAAAAAACACAAAAAAACCCAUACUUCUUGGUUAUAGUUCUAAAAUACUGGCAGCUUGAUACAAAGAUUACAAUGCAUUCAAUUCAAUGUUGUGCAUCAGAGGCGAAGUGUUACUUACAGACUCGGCCAAAUGUUCAGAUCAUCACGUUGCAUAGCGACUUAGAAAAUGCUUGGGACCGACACAUUACUAGAUGAGGACUUUGGGCAAGUCAUGACAUUGGACUCGAUCUCGAAAUUUUAAUCGUUAACUGGGAUGAUAGAUUGUGAGAUUCCAACUGGGCUAGUCCAUGCAACAACCAAGACCACUUUGGGUGAAUGGAGAAGAAGGGGAGGGAACAAUGAAAAUGAUUUCAGAAGCGACUGAGAAAUUUAAAAAAAAUAGACUUACAAAAACAAGUUACAUUUUUCUUCUGGGUUCAUAACCAAAAAAUAAAGUUUAACAAAGAGGUGAUCAGCUUAAAAAAAAUAAAUCUUUAAGUUACAUUAAGUCUCACGAUGGGAAGAACCCAAAUCUAAAUGAAUUAUUCUUACCUUAAAGCCAAACACAUUUCCGAAUAAAAAAAAAUAUGUUCCAGUAAACCAGAGAAAUGUAUGUACAAGUAGACUUAAUGAAGUUUCUACACAAGUCCAUAUACUAUUUACAAUGGAAUCAAUACUUGUGAGUCUGUCCACUUCUUAUUGUUACCCUUACUCCACUGAAAGACAAGAUGCGCAAUUAAUUCAAACUUUAUUAAAGUCCUUAUGUUUGUGCUAAGUAAACCUACAUCAAGGAUGAAUUUAUGACAACCAAACAUUUGUGACCUCACAACUAGACUUUAUAUUUGAUGAAAACACUGACUAUUUUCCCCAUAUUUUUAUACCAAUCAUGAAAUGACUUUGAGAUUCAAAGUUAAUCAUUCUAUUUUUUUAUACUGUGACCCACUUACCAAACAUUCAACCUUUUCUUUUAUCUUCAUACUUUUAUUUAUGCCAGCUGGGGACAAAUCAGAUCUAGUUUCUAGUUGAAUUUAUUGACAUUGAUCUGAGCCACCAAAUAAUUAAUUUGUUUACAGGCUAUGACAUAACAUUUCACAGUUUGAUUUGGAAAGUGUUUCAAUGAUGAACAACUGUAAACAAUAAAGUCUGUCCUUAGGAGUGUUCAUUCAUUCAUUGUUUUAAGACCAUUGUCUUCUUUAUAUCUCAGCAAGCCACUAAUUAGGCUUACAAUUAAAAGUUA